ACGAUUCGUGGCAGCGCGUCAAUCUGCCAGCGGACGUCGCCCGGAACGGACGCGUUUUUCACUCGCUCUUUGACUCGAAAAUACUCGUUUGGUUGAGGUUAGGAUUCGGGGUAGCAAAAAAAAGUGCUCCCGCGGGUGUUUAUUACGUAAAGAAAAAGACAGCAGACGUGUGUGAGCGGUGCGCCCGCCCGGAAGGUAGGCAACACCAGCAACAGCAGCACAGCCUACUGAGCGAGUGACUUUUGGCGCCGUGCGUGUUUUUUAGAUUUUGAUUGAUCUUCGCCGCCCACUUGGACGGACUGCGGCUUGCUGCGGGAAGAGGUUAAGGCUUUUUUUUGUCGCGCGCCUACUGCGUCUUCUUCCGGUGUCGAUUCCGUAACGAGAGGAGGUGACUGACGACGGUGUUUAAGUGAGCAGAAGUGAAAGUUGAUUAAGUGAUUUCCCCCCCCGUCUUCUUGCGGUAAUUGGUGGAGGAGAGUUACACGGGUUGCCUAACUCGCAGGCGCUCCAAAUUCAACCGAGUGGCGCAAACCAUGAUUAUGGUCAAGAAUUUGGCCGCCCUGGCCGGACUGGUGCUGCUGACCGUCGUCGGAACGAACCCCGGCGGGGGCGUCCAGGCAAGAGCGGUAAACAUCAGCAACACCUGGACGCUGCCCCAGGACGGAUUCACCGUGUUCUAUCGCUACUUCCGGGACAAAAUUUCCUGGUUCGAGGCGGAUGCCGUCUGCCAGUUUCAUCAUGCUAAUCUCGUCACAGUCGAUAACGGCGUGCAGUUCGACGCAGCCCGGGCCUUCCUGAAGGAGCUGGACGUAACGAACCCGGUCUGGAUUGGCCUGAUGCGACCGGAAAAUUCGGCCCGAUUCACCUGGACCAACGCCAAAACGUUGGACCCCGCGAGCGGAUACUGGGCCGAAUCACUCCCCGCGAUGGAGACUCCGCUUUGCGCCGUCGUAGACCCGGUGCGGGACUUCCGCUGGCACGCGCUGCGCUGCGGUGGACCGGAAACGGCCGCCUUCCUGUGCGAGCUGCCUGUUCCAACCUGGGCCACGGACUGUACCAUCACGUCGAUGCCGUCGCUGACCGUGCAGUACAUGUCGGACAGCGGAGCGGUCCAGCUGUCGCGGGACUGCGGCGAACAGGGCACCAAGCACAUGUCCUGCCAGGGUAAGCUGGACCGGGACACGAUUCUGCAGCAGCUGCAGUGCAGCGAGCAGGAAGAGGAUCCGGCACUGGCGCAGAUCGCCGCCACCGAGAACAAUCAGCUUCCGCUGGAGGACGCGGCCAAGGAGCAGGUGAAGAAACCAACACCACCGCCGCAGAUUCUGGAGCACGACAUUCUGACCGUGGUGUCGAACAACGACGAGGACAACAACAUCGACGUGAAUCCGAACCAGAUUGAGGACACCGUCAAGAACGUGAUCAACAAGUUCAACCUAGCGGACUUGAUGCAGAACGAUCAGUCGUUGCACAGCGAAGAAGCGGAAGUUCGGUUUGGCGGCGAGCAGGAGAAGGAAGGCAAGAAGUCGACUGGUGGAAAGAAGUACUCGCCGUUGUUCGAGAAGAAAGACAAGUAUGGAAGCAAGAGUGACAAGAAAGCGGACGACGAUGAGGAGCUCAUGAUGGGUGAUCAGCCGGAUGAGACGGAAACACAACCGAUUGACAUUGUUCAGCAAGCUGUCAAGCCUACAGAGGGUGAUUCAGACGAAAGUUCAACAAUUGGAGUAGCGGGAAGUUCGUCCACGGAAGGUGAACCAGCGACGACCAGCGAAGCUGCGCAAACGGAAAGCACCACGGUAGACUCGAGGUUGCGACGAGCAACUGACAGCGAAGCAUCUUCGGAAGUUGCAAUAACCGCCACUACGGAGCUUUCCACGACUGAACCGCCAACAACGACAACUCAGGAACCGACAACCAGCAGCACGGCUUCCAGCCACGUUCUACCAACCACUCCAAAGAAGGAGAUUGCCUCCGUAGGAGAUCACUUCAUCCCGCCAAUGUUACUGGUGAAGGCACGAUUCACCUCGACAAAGGUUCACGAUCACGAGACGACGACAACUGCGGAAUCGACAUCGGAAGCAUCCGAAGCCACACAACCGAGCAGUUCGGUGGCUCCGAAACAAACAAGCACAACACUGCACGAAGAAACAAGCUCGGUUUCGGAGAAUGACGUUCAGCUGAUCGAGCACAACGACAAGCCGUCUACGGAAGCUCCAGUGGAAGAAUCAACCGCAGGUCACCAGAUCGUGGAGAUCACCUUCGAUGACCAUGAGCUGACGUCUAAAAUCGGCACUCUGAGCAUUACGACUCGACCGUUCAUCUCUGCGGAACAAACAACGGUGAAACCGGAAACAACCACCGCUGUCGAAACUACUUCCGGUCACAACGCUACAACUACACAGGAAGUUUCCUCCUCAACAACACAAGUAGCCAUUACAACAACUACCGUGGUCGUUCCUUCUUCAACAGCUGCACCUACAACAACAACAACACCAGCGCCAACGACAACAUCCGCUCCCCACGUGGAACCGUCAUCCAGCGAAGAACAACAACACGAUCACGAGCAACAAAGCGAAAACGACGCCGAAGAGGGCUCCGACGAGGAGCACAACCACCACGACUCCGCCGAACACAACAACAACAACAAGUUCUCCAACAUUGAAAACUACCAGCCGUACAAGCCGAACCGGCACCGCUCGCUGUCCAAAUCGGAAAUGCACAACAACCGGAACAACUACAUCAAAAAGAUUCUCGGUUGAGGCGAACGCCGGCGCCGUUGAGCAAGCGUUAGUUUUGUUUGGAGUCCAGCUGUCAAACAGCUUGACAGCUCGUCGCGCAUACGAUGACAUUUCAUACACUCACAGAAGCAUAGCAGGCGUGUAGGCAGAAAUAGUAGACAGAAACAAAAUACUUCAUUCUUUCCCCCUUUCUCUCUUUCACGUUCAGAACAGAAUAGAAACAAUUGAAAUUCGAAGUCUCAUAGAACUUUACUAGUAAAAAUCAAGAAAACAAUAGACAACAACCUCCCAUUUCUUGCAACUAGCACACAAGCAGUCAGCGCUUUAGAAUGUAGAGAGAACAAUGGCGUACUGAUUUUGACGUUUUUGGCGUUCAUUUUAAACAAACAAAAAUAAAGUUGGCGCUUUGGUCUUAGAAAAUUUCAGCUUUGAGCGUCUUUUAACAGCCACAGUUUUAAUCAUAAUAUCGUUCGAAAAUUAAAACCAAGCAAAGCAUUACUCACACACUCACAUUUUUCACACAAGUUACAAACAAAAAAUAUUAGCAUAACGAACAAAAUCAGUAGAAAACAAAACAAAACAGAUGAAGGAAACUCGUUGCCAACAAAUUGAUAAGAGAACAUAAAAUUAAAGUAGGCGAAAAGGGGCUCGACUUUAAACUACGCAGCAACAAAGCACAACCUACGAUUCUUUGUUUGUCAUUUGUCGGUUUAGCAAGCAAAAUAAAAACAAAAUAUCAUGAAGCGGUGAGGCAGCAAAUUACGCAAAAAGAGCAAACAAGUUCUUUGUCAAAAAAUUCUUUCGCACGUGUAAACCAUUCGUGGUUUAGAUUGUAAGUAAUGUAUCGUAUAAGAAGAUGAUUUUAAUAAAAAUAAAAUAAACAAAAAAU